ACUUACUAUUGUUACAGUGCCUUGUUCCUGAGUGCCGUGGCCGAUCCUUCACCGCUGACAGGAGCUCUCCUUUAACCACCACGGUGGACUGGCAGUCAGUUAAGGUGCAGGAGCUCAUGUCAGAUGAUCAGCGAGAAGCCGGCCGAAUCCCUCGCACAAUCGAAUGUGAACUUGUUCAGGAUCUUGUGGACAGCUGUGUCCCAGGAGAUAUGGUCACGAUUACAGGCAUAGUUAAGGUGUUGAGCACCGAGGAAGGAGCUUCUAAAAAUAAGAAUGACAAGUGUAUGUUCUUGUUGUACAUUGCGGCAAAUUCCGUCAGCAACAGUAAAGGACAAAAACCGAAGAACGAUGAGACGUUUCAAAGAACAUUCAUGGAGUUUUCACUUAAAGACCUUUACGCUGUUCAAGAAAUUCAAGCUGAGGAAAAUCUAUUCAGGCUCAUCGUGAACUCUCUCUGUCCUGCAAUCUAUGGCCAUGAGAUUGUAAAGGCGGGUUUGAUCCUGGCGUUAUUUGGAGGAUGUCAGAAGUUUGUAGAUGACAAGAACAGAAUUCCAGUGCGAGGAAAUCCACAUGUUCUGGUUGUUGGAGAUCCAGGAUUAGGAAAAAGUCAAAUGUUGCAAGCAGUGUGUAACAUCGCUCCUCGAGGUGUGUAUGUUUGUGGUAAUACUUCCACCAGCUCUGGCCUGACUGUUACACUGUCUAGAGAUGGCACUUCUGGAGACUUUGCCUUGGAAGCUGGUGCUUUAGUGCUGGGAGAUCAAGGUAUUUGUGGCAUAGAUGAAUUUGAUAAGAUGGGAAACCAGCAUCAGGCUUUGUUGGAAGCCAUGGAACAGCAAAGCAUCAGCCUUGCCAAGGCUGGCAUUGUUUGCAGUUUGCCGGCUCGGACAUCGAUUGUUGCUGCAGCCAACCCAGUGGGAGGACAUUAUAACAAAGCCAAAACAGUGUCUGAGAAUUUAAAAAUGGGGAGUGCUUUACUGUCGAGAUUUGAUUUAGUUUUCAUUCUGCUGGACACCCCGAAUGAAGAUCACGAUCACUUGCUAUCCGAGCACGUGAUGGCCAUCCGAGCUGGAAAGCAGGCAGCGUGCAGCAGCGCUGUUGUGACUCGUACCAACACCCAGGAUCGCUCUGUUCUCGAAGCUGUUGCGGAUCGACCGCUGCUUGAAAGACUAAAGAUCUUACCAGGAGAAAACUUUGACGCUGUUCCACAUCAGAUGCUGAGAAAGUAUGUCGGAUAUGCUCGGCAGUAUGUUCACCCAACGUUAUCCCCGGAAGCUGCUCGGGUCCUCCAGGAAUUCUACCUUGAGCUCCGGAAACAGAACCAAGGAGUAGACAGCACGCCAAUCACCACGAGACAGCUAGAGUCACUGAUUCGGCUUACAGAGGCACGAUCAAGGCUGGAAUUAAGGGAGAAAUCCACCAAGGAAGAUGCUGAGGAUGUAAUAGAAAUAAUGAAAUAUAGCAUGCUGGGAACCUACUCCGAUGAGUUUGGAAAGCUGGACUUUGAACGUUCACAGCAUGGGUCUGGGAUGAGCAAUCGGUCACAGGCAAAAAUAUUUGUUUCUGCCCUUAACAGUAUUGCAGAGAGAACCUACAACAAUCUCUUUGACUUGCAACAGCUUCGACAGAUUGCGAAGGAGCUACAAAUACGAGUAUCUGAUUUUGAAAGCUUUAUUGGAUCCCUAAAUGAUCAGGGUUAUUUUUUGAAAAAAGGUUCAAGACUCUAUCAGCUUCAGACGAUGUGAAAAAGAGCCACUGUGACAAACUUUCUUGAGACAUCAUCGUUACAUCUGGGAUGGACCUAUGGACCUGCAGCAAUAAACACUCCAAACUGCAGCCUACACC